AGGACAUUCAUAUGACAUACUUCUCUCCUCCUCCCACCUGAACAUGGGGAUCCAACAAGUUUGAGGCUUUUCCCUCUUCCUCCUCCUCCUCCCCUUGCCUCCUCCUCCAUGCGCAUUCUGCGUCUGCUUUGCUCUGGAGCUUUGGCGCACGACUUUGCGACUAGAAAACGGAGACUACAGGCGGGAGACGCCGGAAAGACUGAGGAGAUGUGGGGAUUUCUCCCUGCGCCCUCUGCAUCCCACCACCACCACGGGGGACACGCAGGUUUAAUUAUCUCUUCCUGCGAGUGUGUGUGUGAGUGUGUCCGUGCGGUGCACAGAUGGAGCUGUGCGCUCCGAGUGUGAGCGCCGCAGAGCAAGUGGCCGCACUCCACCCGGACACCUGCUGCUGCAGCGUCUCGCUGACAUGUGACAUUUGUUUUUUUCCUCAAGGGAACUACGAAGGGGCCAAACGGCAAAAAGAGACGGUGUUUUAGAAGUGUGACCCACCUCCAUUCCUCCUCCUCUUCUCCAUCAGAGUGAAAUCAAGAUGGGUCCUGUUUGGCUCCUUCUUCUGCUUCCAUCCCUCCUCGGAGCGCAGGUGACUCCAAACUUCACAUCAGGAGUCCCGGCGGAGGCAGACAGCACUGACUCUUUAACAAACAGCAAAGGAACCUCAGACGUCUCCACCUCGCCCUCCAGUUCCUCCAGACCCUCAGAGACUUCUGGGUUUAUUGUGACGCCCUCAGAAGCUCCCACAGCGGAGGAAGAUGACUGGUCUCCAGCAGAGACCUUUCUGUACACCGGAGAACCCUCCACUCUGGAGGUGGCCCGCUGCUCACGGGCGUACAGCCUGCAAGGGCAGACCGGAUCACUGCCCACCAGCUUCGGCACCCCCCUGCGGCCAGCUCUGGACGCACUGGCCAACACGGCCAACUUCCUCAACAUGAUCUUCCAGGCCAGCGACUUGCGGGAGAGCACGGUGCAGGAGGAUAUGGAGUGGUACCACGCGAUGGUCCGCGCCCUCCUGGAGACCGACCUGCUCAUCCGACGAGCCUUGCUCACUUUCGACGCUGACCCGACGUCCGUGGCGCCGCAGCUGGUGCUCUGCGCCUCCCACAACCCGACAGCCAAGGUGCAGACCAUCAUCCUCCAGGACUUAUCCAAGGCCUGGGAGAGCCUUCACCCGCCCGCCCCAGCCCCCGACGACAGCUGGUUCCGAAGCUUUAAAUUCCCAGAGUCCAACCAGCCGACGGCAUCCCUGUCCAAGCGGGUGCUUCUCAACGACCUCAGCACCUUGGACACGCCCAAGUGGAGGCAGGGCGACAGCUACGUGACCAAUCACAGCGGGGUGCGCUGGGCCAGCGCUCCCUUCCUCGACUGUGAGGACGGACGCUUCGUCCCUGACUGGAUGCUCACCCUGUCCUCGUCCUUCUACGGCCUCAAGCCAGACCUGACACCAGAGUUCAGAGGUGUGAUCCGUGUAGAUGUCAACAUUCAAGACAUCGACCUGGACCAGUGUGCAACAGGAGACGGCUGGUUUGCCGAUACUCACCAGUGCAACCGCACCACCAUGGAGUGUGUACCAACUCCAGGCCGGGGCUUUCGACUGGGUCAGUACUGCUGCCGCUGUAAAGAGGGUUACUACAACCCAGAGAUAGUACCUCAAGUCUCAGGUGUCGACGCAGAUGGCGGCCCUCUGAACGGGAGUGAUGGCGGGAAUGGCAAUGGCAAUGGCAGUAUGUGUUACCCGAACAUGCCCAUCUGUCUCCCGUGCUGGCUGGGCUGUAAGAGCUGCCAGGACGGGACGCCCUGCUGGGUGCAGGAGGCCUGGCUGCUAAGGGGCGGCGUGCUAGCUGUCCAGGGCGUCUUCAUGCUCCUCAUCUUCAUCAGCAUGCUGGUGGCCUACAGGCAUCGUCGAAACAGGAGGAUCCGGGCGUCUGGCCUCCUGCUGCUGGAGACGAUCUUGUUCGGCUCUCUGCUCCUCUACUUCCCGGUCUUCAUCAUGUACUUCAAGCCGAGUGCUUUCAGGUGUAUUCUGCUCCGCUGGGUCCGGAUGCUUGGCUUCUCCAUCGUCUACGGGACUGUCACUCUGAAAAUGUACAGGGUGCUAAAGGUGUUCCUCUCGCGCACGGCCCAGAGGGUGCCAUACUUGUCCAGCCUCCACUUGCUGAGGAUUCUGGGAGUGAUGCUGAUGACGGUCAGCUGGUUCCUGUGUGCGUGGACGGUCGGCGUCCUGCAGAACCGCGACAGGAACAUCCCAGUGUUCAUCACAACCUCCACGUCGGACGGCCGGGGUUUCAACAUGUGUUACCUGGACCGCUGGGACUACAUGAUGGCUGUGGCUGAGCUUCUGUUCCUGUGCUGGGGCAGCUCCUUGUGGACCGCCGUAAGGCCGGUGCCCUCUGCCUUCCACGAGCCUCGCUACAUGGGCAUCGCCAUCCACAACGAGCUGCUUCUCUCCUCCAUGUUUCACCUGUUCAGGUUCACCUUUCCCUCUCUCCAUCCUGAUUGGAUGUUGCUGCUCUCCUUCACACACACCCAUGUGACCAUCACUGUGACACUCGCCCUGCUCUUCAUUCCCAAGUUUCUAUAUGUGUCUAAGCCGGGAAGAGAGGAGAUUGCAGCAGAGGUGUAUGAAGAUGAAGUGGACCUUCGGCGCUCAGGCUCGUACUUCAACAGCAGUUUUCACUCUGCUUGGAGUGAACACAGUGGAGUGGACCCAGAUGACUUCCGGGAUGAACUGAAGAAGCUAUAUGCCCAGUUAGAAGUCCACAAGACCAAGAAGAUGACCGCAAACAACCCUCAUCUGUCAAAGAAGCGAAGUUCUCGAUGUGCAUUGGGGAGAUCCAUUAUUAGACGCAUUGCUGAGAUCCCAGAAAGCAUGAGCCGGCAGUGCAGCCGCGACGACAAAGAUGGAUCCUCCCAGAGUAGAAUCAGUGUGAAUUGGUCCGAGUCCUUCAGGAGGGCCCCAGAUACUGUCAGUAUCAGUUACAAAAGUUCAAUGAAAUCACCAUCACGAUCACCAUCCAUGCGCAAGUCCCAAAGUGAUCAUCACUAUGUCAGGGAAAGAGACCCUUCUUUGCAUGACAGAAUGUUAAAAGCCAACGCUGUGAAGAGAUCUUCCCGGCGAUCAGAGACAGAUUCCUUGGAUAUUCCACUGGGGGUCUGUAAGUCAGCCAGUGCCCAAAAUCUGUCAAUUGAUACCAAUCUCCUGCAUCCUGAUCACACCAAGCUUCAUAAGUCCUGGAGUCUAACGUCCACGACCACCCAGUCUAUGGAGAACAUAACCAAGGUUAACAAAGCCAGCACAGUGUUGACAAGAUCCAGGCAGAGCAUUUCCAUAAGUGACCAGACCCGGAGUGCUCUCAGUCAGUCAGGGUCAUUUGACAAGGCUGAGGUCUGUCCUUGGGAGGUGGAGCAAGAACAAUCAGGGGACAAGAACCAGAAGCAUGUCACCUAUGCAAACUCUGAAGAUGUUGAGGACAAAGGGCCACCAUCUCCAAAGAUGCUUGUCUGUCCCUGGGAACAUUUACCACCUGUAGAAAAGAAGCCUUCAGAGGAUAAAGGAAUAGGUGAAAGUGAGUCACCAAAACCACAGGCUCCUGUGUCUGCAAGUGCACCAGGGACUCCAAGACCAAAGGUCACAAAAGAUCAACGUGUCUUCUCCUUCCGCACCACCACCACCAGUAAGUGGCUCUCUGUGAAAUCAGUUAUGAGAUCUGUGGAUGCAUCAAGCAAGUCCAGUAAGGAGGGAGAUUUAAAUAAAGAGGAUUCUGUUUCACAAAAAAGUCAGGAAAGUGCUUCCACAACACCACGAUCGAGAUCAUCUAGUAGACGUCUAAGCAUUGAAAAGAGGUCACUGCAGAAAAGAAGUAUGACAACAGCAGAUAAACCAUGCCUUGUGAAGCAGAAUGCCAUCAGACUUUCCUCUGGGGAUUCUUCCGACAGAAGCCCAAGAAAGUUUGUGAUCGUAAAAUCUGCUGUCUACUCUUGGGACAUAGAUGAUAUGCAAAAAGAUGGCACUCAUGAAAAUGUGUUUUUAUCAAGGCAGAAUAGCAAACGUAGUAGUGUAAGUUCUUGGGAAACUGCCAGCAGCUGUAGAACUCCUUCAACUCACAGAAGAGGUAGUAAUCGAAUUACACCAGUCCGCAAUAUUUCCUAUACAGAUGUGUGUCCAUGGGAUGGAGCUGGUACUUCCCAGGAAGGAGAGGGACCAAAGAACCAGAGCAUUAAAGCAGAUGUCUGCCCUUGGGAAUCACAGGUAUCUGAACUAUCUAAUGUAUGUCCGUGGGAAUCUCAAGAGCAAGGGAAUGUGAGAAGACAAAGUGGUCGUGGUGAGGCGUGUCCUUGGGAAUCGCAGGAUAAUCCCGUUAUUUCUUAUACUAACACGUCCAAAGAUUCACAGACCCAACUGUCUUUGAAACGUCCAGCAGAUAUAUGUCCCUGGGAGACUGCAGAAAGUCCCCAACCUUCAAUACGGCAAGAUAAUGAUUAUGCCAAUGUUUGUCCAUGGGUUGUUCAGGACAAAGCUGAAGUUGUAUAUGAAAACCUAAGUCCUUUGCAGACCAAGAAAGGGCUCUCGGUGCCCCUUAAGCAAGAAGUUAUGAAAGCUGCCGUCUAUCCCGGUGCAUCAAAAGAACAUUUAAGUAAUGAGAAACAACCCAAUGAAAAAUCACCUGCCCUGCAUUCAGGUAAGCAAGUACCCAAGGCAGCAGAAAGUUGUCCAUGGGAUUUCCCUGAUCCACCAAAAAACUUGGGAAACAUUUGUCCGUGGGAAGAGGAGAACAUCGAGCCAACAAAUACAGGCUCAAUAAUACAAAUUAAGGUAGAUAUUUGUCCAUGGGAGGCUGGACAUCAAGACAAACCACCAGACUUACAAAAAGGUAUCUCGCCUUCGAGAUUUGCUUCCGUACAGACUGAUAGGAAAGACGACACAAGAGUAAACAUAUGUCCCUGGGAAACUGACCUUCCUGAGACAAAUGCAGCAACCACGAUUGUGUUAAAAGGACUGGAAAAGCUGGCAGAUGUUUGUCCAUGGGAAAGUGGCGAACCAGAAUCUGGAAAGCCUCAGACCCCCAAAACAUCAGAGAGUCAUGUAAAGCAAGACACAGCUCGCACAAGUGUUUGUCCAUGGGAUACAGAGGAAGCAGGGGUAGUCAAAACUGAAGUAUCAAAAAUAUCAGAGAAGCGACAAGGACAAGGAAAUUCCAGAGAAGAAGUGCGUCUAUGUGACACGGAAGCCCCAAAGGUUCUCAAAAAGCAAGAUGGUGCACGGGCAGAUGUUUGUCCAUGGGAGUCGGACGAACCAAAGACUCUCCAAAAGCAAGAUAGCGUACGGGCAGAUGUUUGUCCAUGGGAGUCGGACGAACCAAAGACUCUCCAAAAGCAAGAUAGCGUACGGGCAGAUGUUUGUCCAUGGGAGUCGGACGAACCAAAGACUCUCCAAAAGCAAGAUAGCGUACGGGCAGAUGUUUGUCCAUGGGAGUCAGACGAACCAAAGACUCUCCAAAAGCAAGAUAGCGUACGGGCAGAUGUUUGCCCAUGGGAGACAGAUGAGCCAACGGUUCUCGAAAAGCAAGAUAGGACACGGGCAGAUGUUUGUCCAUGGGACACAGACGAGCCAAAGGUUCUCAAAAAGCAAGACAGCACUGAAGCAGACAUUUGUCCCUGGGAAUCCAAGGAUCCACAAACCUCAACCGAAAUCAAAGUCGAUAUUCCCAACAGUGACCAAGAUGAAGUCACAGAGACCCAGGGGUCAUUCAGUGUAGAAGACACUCCAGCAGAUAACGGCAGAGAGCAGAUAGAUGAGUCUAGAGAAAACUUAGCCCUGGGCCGGCGUGAUGCUCUGUGUCCCUGGGUGAUGGAAAGAAGCAGAUCUAGUUCAUUCACAGACAAUGCCUCAGAUAUCUUUACAUGGGAGCCUGAGAAUAUUCCUGAGGAAGAUGAAGAGGACGAUGAUGCAGAAUGUGCUGCGGAGGCUUUUGUAUUCCCACCUGACUUGUGAUCUAAAUCUAGCCAGCAUUUGCUUUCACUUUUGACCCCUCCGACUAAAUCAAAGGGAUGGUGAACUCGAUAAAACCAUUUUGGUGGUACUCCAACUACUGGUGUUGAUGGUCAAGGGCAUAUUUGAAGUUCUACACGGAGGUCAGAGUGCAGGGUCAUCUCACGAAUAGCUCCCCUUCAGCUGCCAGAGCUAAAAAAAACUUGGAUAAUUACUUGGGCUAAUCAAAGACAAAACUUGUUAUUUCAAGUUGGACUAUCCAUUUGUGCCAGAUACUUGAUGAGCUGGACACAAUAAGUUGUGCAAACCUGUUUUCUUUUAGCUGAAGCACAUAAUGCAUUAUGCCCCUCAUUAAACCAGCGAAUGAACUACAAACAUUUCUUGGCUGAUGGAAGGGGAUCGAUGGUGUUUAGAUGAAGUCCCUUUUCUUCCUGCUUCUACCCCCCAUUUUAAAUUUAAAUGUUUUUGUCUUUGUAUGUUUUUAGGGUAACAAUACACAUAUUUUCCAUGUACGUACAGUAUGUUGGACCCAUGGCUAGGGUGAAUAUGUUACAAAACCUAAACUUAACAAGUCCACAGUGCUCGCAAUCACAAAUACAGCACAACAGAUGGGACACUAAGCUUAACCAUUAUCCGCCAGAUAAAUCAGUCCAAUUUUGUUCUUUUGUGGAAGUUAUAUUUUCAAAGUACAAAUAAGUGUUAAGUGUAAAGCAGUCCGCUAGGACUACGAAGGAUGUCAAAUUACAUUUAAGUAUUAAUGAUUGAAAAAAAAACUAUGCAUUCCUGUUUGCUUAAGUGACUAAACGGCAAUGAUCAUUACUACUUUUGAUUCAGUCAGAAUAAUGGGAAAAACAACAUUUCACCACUUUAAGAAAACAUGAUUAAAACAAAUACAUAAAUCACCAUAAUCUCAAGACUUACACCCUAAAC